GUAAGUGACAGUUAUUAUCGUUCUAUUCUUUACACAGUUGUCAUUCUACAGCUGCCAUAUUGAAAUUUUUCUUGUGAGAGAACGUCACCAACAUUGCGAAGAUAAAAAAUAAAUGUUUAAUUUCUAGUGAAAUUGGUUAGAAAGCGCCGCAAAGUAUUAAAUUUUCAACGUCAGAGUUUCUUAUAUUGCAAUUCCAUUCUUCGUUUAAGAAGAUUUAAAAAAGAGAAGUUGCUACAAUGGGUUUGACGAUUUCGAGUUUGCUGACACGUCUUUUUGGAAAGAAGCAAAUGCGUAUAUUGAUGGUGGGCUUAGAUGCGGCUGGUAAAACGACCAUUCUUUAUAAACUAAAGCUCGGAGAGAUUGUCACGACCAUUCCAACUAUUGGUUUUAACGUAGAGACUGUUGAGUAUAAAAAUAUUUGCUUCACCGUUUGGGAUGUUGGUGGCCAGGAUAAAAUCAGGCCGCUAUGGCGCCACUAUUUUCAAAAUACGCAGGGUCUGAUUUUUGUUGUAGACUCAAACGACCGAGAUCGUAUAAAUGAAGCUGAAAAAGAAUUACAAAAUAUGCUACAAGAAGAUGAAUUACGUGAUGCAGUACUGCUUGUAUUUGCUAAUAAGCAAGACUUACCAAACGCAAUGAGUGCAGCGGAAUUAACCGACAAACUAAGACUUAAUCAACUGCGGAAUCGUCACUGGUACAUUCAAGCAGCAUGCGCCACACAAGGCAACGGACUUUAUGAAGGUCUUGACUGGCUGUCGGCAGAAUUGGCUAAGAAAUGAUAAACAAGCGCUUAAAGCUAAUCUUUGCAACAUUCACGUGAUUUCAACUUUUAAGGGCUAAAGCAAAAAGUUGCGUUGUUGCGAUUCAUUCGUAAUAAUUUUAUAAAUAUAUAAAAUAAAUAUAUUAGAUUGUAAACAUAUUCAAUAAUAAAAAUACAUUCGCUUCACUUUCAA